GUAAGGACGAAGAUGUCAGGAAGCACCGCGGAAUGUGGGACGCGAUGCAUGAGAUAAUGGUUUUAACUUAAUUUCCUUUCAAAGUUUUAUCGCGCGUGCCCCCCAGUAUCAACAAUAAAAAGAAACCAGACAACACCGGUCGGGCUAUAAUGUCAAAUAAUGACAGAAACUUGGAUCUGAAUUUCCUGAGUGGAGAGGAAGCGGUCUUAAUUCGAGACGUUCUAGAGCGAGAUAGGCUACUUAAAAAGAGAGAAGACGAAAGAAUAAGGAAACUCCAGGAGGCCGGGGGGGUCCGGAACUGGCUAAAGGUGGGGUCGGUGCAGGAGGCCAGAGACUUUCAGUCCAGUGCAAAGCACCAACCACAGCAGUCAUUCAGCACCAAGACCAAAGGGAAAAACUUCUCAGAGCUGACCUCAAGACCACAUGGCCUUCUGGGAAAACAGAAGGUCAACCAAACCACCGCUGCACUCUUGAAAGGUGCCUCCCUCCGGACCAGGAUCUCGUCACUGUUCUCCUUCAAGUCGCCGCAGCAGAAGGCCGAAGCCAGACUGGGCAGCGUAGGAGAGGGCAGCAGUGAUGAUGGCAGAGUCCUUCCUGUAAACACUGCGAGACCUGUCUCUGGAGCAGGAGAGCACACAAAGGAAGUUCCAUCUUUGCAAAGAGAGGCAUUUUCCCCUGCUGAGGAACACGGCCAAUUGAAGGAGACUGCAACAGGAGAAGAGGAACCAAGAUCACACACUCGCACAAGCAAGUCUGAGCCGUGUCAAAACCCUAGACACGAGGUAGUCAAGGCAUCUGCCAUCCUCACUGGGAGAAAUCCCAAGUCCCAGGGCAACACUGAGGCUGGUGCACCCCAACCCCCACAUUCACACAAUGGUGUGCUCCUCACCUCUCCGUUCUCUCAUGGUGACAAUGACAGCAAGCCGCCGUCCAGCGUGAGCCAGCUCCCGCCCUCCACCAUGCUGUCUUCUGCCCUUGCCACGGUGCUGGCCCAACCCUGGAGUAGCCGUUUCCGGAGGCAGAGAGCAGAGUCUGGCAGUGGAAAGGAAGAGGAGGAGCUGAGGCAGGAAGCAGGGGAUUGGGCUCGCUUCCUCAAGCCAUGCCGUCCAUUCACUGAGGAGGUACCAGGGUGUCCUGGCAACAAGAACAUCACCCCAAAGUCCCACCCAUUUCCUGGUUCACAGGAGCAGCAUUUUCAAGAUGAAGAUGUUUUUCCUGGACCUGACUGUAGAGACGGAGCUCACACAGAGAGUGGAAUGGCCCUCCUCCCCACCCCACCCGAGACCCCAUGCAUAACCGCCACACGCUCACUGGAUUACCAAUGUUACCGAAGGGAGUCGCAGGCCGGCUUCUUGAGUCCCCGUUUUCGGGAGCGGUCAUCUCUGCUGAGCUCCAAGCCCACCACAAGCAGCUUUCUGCUCUCACUGAGACGCCUAAGCUCUGCCAGGGGGAGUCCAUGCACCAGCUCGGCCUUUACCAACACACCGCCAGCCUCCCCAGGCAGCUGCACCCUGCCCGGUGCAAGGAGCAUCACUCAAGAGAGACCCAGGCCUUCUGGUGAGCUCAGCAGGGGUGUGUCCAUUAAAGAGGGACAGCUGCCCCCUUACACAGGGAGGACUGGCCACAGGGAACUGACAGACUGGUUGAACUCAUUGAAUGCCCAGUCACUGAAGCACAGAAACACCCUCUCCUCUUCAGAAUGCAGGAAAGGCAGCCAGCAAGAUGAUGACUAUAUUACCCCCAGCAAUUUCAUGACCAGUGCUGGAAACACGACGACUGGCACCAACCUCAACCUACUUGACUUCAGCAACACUGCAACUGACACCAACCACAAUUUACUCAGCCCAAACAAGAAUGUGACAGGCCCCGGAAAUACCACUACUAGCACCAGUCAUAACAUACUCAGCCUUGAAAGCGCUACAUCCAGCAUCAACACCACCACCUUUGGCCAGAACCACAACCUCAACAGUCACAGUACCUACAACCACACCCAUGGUCUUCUGAACACCUAUAAUGCUCGUAAAACCACUCCCAAAAGCCCCAGCACCUUGAACUCCAACACAAAUCUCAACAGCUCUGAAACUAUCAGCAGUCCAAAAACCCCCAAGUUAAACACCCUCAAAAGCACCAAAACUCCCUAUACUCCAUUCGGAAGCAACUCCUCUAAAAGGACUUACCCCCCUUUAAGCCCAAACACUCCCAUCACUCCUGGCACCAUCAAAAGCCCCAACACUCUAUUUAGCCCCAGGAUACCUAUAAGCACUAAUGCUCCUCUAAGCCCAAAUACACCCACCACUCAUAGCACCCUUAGAAGCCCCAACACUCCAUUCACCCGCAAGACACCAGUUAGGACUAACACUCCUUUAAGCCCAAACACACCCAUCACUCCUGACAGCCUCAGAAGCCCUAACACUCCCAGUACUCUGUUCAGCCCCAAUACCUGCACUUACACUCCUUUAAGCCCAAACGCUCCCAUCACUCCGGACACCCUCAAAAGCCCCAACACUCUAUUUAGCCCCAGGACACCUAAAAGCACUACUUCUCCUCUAAGCCCAAACACACCCACCGCUUACAACACCCUUCGAAGCCCCAACAGCCCAUUCAGCCCCAAGUCACCAGUUAGCACUAACACUCCUUUAAGCCCAAAUAAAUCCAUCACUCGUGACCACCUCGAAAGGCCUAAUACCAGUACUCAGUUCAGCCCCAACACCUGUACUUACACCCCUGUAAGCCUGAACACGCCCAGCUCUUUUAAGGCCCACAGAAGCCCCACCACUCCAUUCAGCCCCAAGACACAUGUUAGCACUAACACUCUUUUGAGCCCGAACAUACCCAUCACUCCUGACAGCCUCAGAAGGCCUAAUACUGCCAGUACUGUCUUCAGCCCAAACACCUGUACUUACACCCCUGUAAGCCCAAACACUCCCAUUCCUCCAGAGGCACCCACAAGCCAGAACACUUCAUUCAGCCCCAAGACACCAGUUAGCACUAACACUCCUUUAAGCCCAAAUAAAUCCAUCACUCGUGACAACCUCGAAAGGCCUAAUACUGCCAGUACUCAGUUCAGCCCCAACACCUGUACUUACACCCCUGUAAGCCCAAACACUCCCAUUACUCCAGAGACACCCAAAAGCCAGAACUCUCCAUUCAGCUCCAGGUCACAUAUUGGCACUACCACCCAUCUAAGUCCAAACACGCCCAUCUCUUUUAACACCCACAGAAGCCCAACCACUCCAUUCAGCCCCAAGGCACCAGUUAGCGCUAAGACCGCUGUAAGCCCAAACUCACUCAUUACUCCAGAGACACCCAAAAGCCAGAACACUCCAUUCAGCUCCAGGUCACAUAUUGGCACUACCACCCAUCUAAGUCCAAACACGCCCAUCUCUUUUAAGGCCCACAGAAGCCCCACCACUCCAUUCAGCCCCAAGACACAUGUUAGCACUAACACUCUUUUGAGCCCGAACAUACCCAUCACUCCUGACAGCCUCAGAAGGCCUAAUACUACCAGUACUGUCUUCAGCCCAAACACCUGUACUUACACCCCUGUAAGCCCAAACAUUCCCAUUCCUCCAGAGACACCCACAAGCCAGAAUACUUCAUUCAGCCCCAAGACACCAGUUAGCACUAACACUCCUUUAAGCCUAAAUAAAUCCAUCACUCGUGACAACCUCGAAAGGCCUAAAACUGCCAGUACUCAGUUCAUCCCCAACACCUGUACUUACACCCCUGUAAGCCCAAACACGCCCACUACUCCCGAGACACCCAAAAGCCAGAACACUCCAUUCAGCUCCAGGUCACAUAUUGGCACUACCACCCAUCUAAGUCCAAACACGCCCAUCUCUUUUAACGCCCACAGAAGCCUCACCACUCCAUUCAGCCCCAAGACACAUGUUAGCACUAACACUCUUUUGAGCACGAACGCACCCAUCACUCCUGACAGCCUCAGAAGGCCUAAUACUGCCAGUACUGUGUUCAGCCCAAACACCUGUACUUACACCCCUGUAAGCCCAAACACUCCUAUUACUCCAGAGGCACCUACAAGCCAGAGCACUUCAUUCGGCCCCAAGAGACCUGUUAGCACUAACACCCCUUUAAGUCCAAACACACCCGGGACUGCAGUUAGCUCAAACAAACCUAUAAGCACUAACAUAUCCACAAGUCCCAACACUUUCAACAGGCUCAACCGCCAAAAUAUUUUAAACAGCAGCAAAUCUCUCUCUAAUGGAAAUGUUGGGACUGUUGAUAGCGUCGACAUUUCCGCUAUCAAUAGUCCAAACUCACCCAUCAGUCACAAACACUUAAGCAGCUCACCCUGCUCUGGAUCCACUCUGAACAGCACUAAGGUUCCCAGGCUCUUCUUGUCUAGGACACAGCCAGUGGAGGACCAAGCCAAAGCAAAUCACACAAUCAUCCCCUCAAAUGCAGAACUAGAGGGUGUGGCCAGUUGCUCUACAGGUAAGGGGAAGGGUGGGCCUGAAGCCUUGAAGAGGCCCAUCUCACCAUCUCAUUACCCAUUGCUGAGGAGGACAUCACACACCAUGGAAGAACCCCCAUUUUUCUCCUCCCUCAGAACAGCUGGUUCCUCACCCUGUCUCUUAUCUCCAGACCCAGACCAGACUGUGACCCCCUGGAGAUGCCACCUUUCCCAGGGUCACAACCCCUCCUCCAUGUUCACAUUUGACAGUGGUAGGGACUUUCUUUUGGUCAAAUCAGAGAAACAGGCUCCCUUGCAAAACACCUCUGCCCCUUCCCUCAGUUCUUCCCAACCACUGUACAGCAGGGACGCUGAAUUGCCACCCUCCACUCUCGCUCCCCACCAUGUAUCCUGGUCAUCUGACAGGUCAUGGGCUGUUCCUAUGGACUCCACUGGCAAUAUCACAAGUCCCCACUCCUAUGAGCCGGGUGGGGAAACUUCUCUUCCUGUGCAGUUCAGUGUCUCAGCACAUCUGAGGACCCAGCCCCAGAGCAACGCACCCGCCGGCUGCAAGACAUCCCAGGAUAUGUUCUCAUUUGUGCCUGAGACCAACCCUCAGUAUUCUGCCACAGGUAUAGGCAGCAUCAAAGGAAUGAGGACAGACAGCACACUUCAACUCAGUGCCUUGCAGCAUCCAGAGUGCAAACCCCAAAUGUCCCCAAACCAGAGCCCAGCCAGCACAGACCAUUUCAACCAAUCUUUUACCAGCAUCAUUGACUCUCCCACUAACCAGGGCAGUAAGAGGAUUGGGGAAAGCUUAAAUAAAUAUUCCCACAGUCUCCCACCACCCAAAACAUGCAUUCCACCUACCAAGUCAAAGGGGAUUGUGGGUAAUAAGGAGUGUGACUCACUGGUGGAAGAACAUGAUCCUGCAGUGUCUAUGAAGCACUCAUCUAUUAACAGAAGCCCUUUAAUGUUCAGCAGUAAGAACAAUAACUUUAGCCCACCUGUUCCUGGGAUAGCAACUCAACCUGUGGCGCCCAUGUGUGAUGGAUCAGGCAAAAGUGUAACAGAGGGGAAUAAAGGCAACCCUAAAGUCUACCAGGUGCCAAGUAGCAUAGAAAUGACCAAACACUUCCAUGAUGAAUCUCUGACCACAAGAAAAAAGAGCAUUAGCAUGAUUAACAUGUCCAGCCUAGUUUCCGAAGGUAGCUGGGCAGGGGAUCCAGGCAGGUGGCAGGAUGCUGGGGUGCUAAGACCAUUGAACCAUGAGAACAAGACAGGGAGCAGAAAACCCAGAAAUCAGCGGGAAGCUGCGGGUAUGCACCUGCCCAAAGAGAGCACCCAGCCUGGGCCUGUGCAAAAUGGCAAUAGGCGUGGUCUGAAGAAUGACAACAAGAACCACUCCUACCAAAGGUAUGCAACUGUUCCAGGCAGGCCCAGCUGCUUUGACAUCAAUUCAGAGAAUGUGGAAUAUGAGAAUGCCUUCUAUAGCACCUCCACUGAUGCCACAUACCCAAGGAGCCAGAGGAGGAAGUCAACAUCUUUCUGUGAGCCUGAGGAUGUGAGGCAGGCCAACAUCAAUAGCCUCUCCCCCUCCACUUCCCUCUCCCCCACUAGGGUCUUUGGCCUUUAUCAUGGACGCUCGUUCUCUGUGAGCAGUGUGCACUCCAGCCGCCCCUCGGGUUGUGGCCGCAUCUCCACGGGUCGCAAAUUGGGCAGCAGUCUUGACCUCUGUAGCGCAGAUGUUGAUGUAACAUCCUGGGGGCUUAUAGACCUUGGGGCCGAUGUCCAGCAAAGAGCUACCCAGAGUUUCUCCUUGAACCUGGACCAAGACACUACCCUUGAAAGAAAUCUUCCCCCUUACCAUUCAGAGAUGUCCCUCUCCCCCCUUCCAUCACCCCCAGAGUCCCCCAGACCCUCUCGUCGCAUCAGCUCCUCAUCCACCACAAGCCGGUCGACCCUGGACACUGCAUCACCAAGGAGCCGCCUACCCUCCAGAGGCUACAGGUCCAGCCUCUCUGCCUUCGAGGAAUCAGACUCAGACACCACCACGGAUGAUGAGUACUACCUUAGCCCAGACCGGGGCGAGAGGGAAACAGAGCUGUAGUGGUGACAGUCGAGGAGAGCAAGUGGAAUACCGGGAAUCAGGACUGUGUUGUGGGUGUGGAUGGGGAAUGCAGUUUCAUGCUGUUAAUGUCAAUGCUGCAGGUGACAUGUCUACCAUGUCUACAAGUGUACCAUGUAGGUGAAGUUUUAUUGGGGAAAUAUUCUGUGUGGUUUCCCUGAGGCCCCUGCGCUUCUGUUAUUCUUUAUUUAUUUUUGCCUAACCAGCGUCAAGCAGAGGGGCGCUGGGCUAAUUGGAAUGUGGUGUAGUGGUUGAGCACCCAUUUAAAUGGUUAAUUUGCAUGUUGAAACUAUGGGAAAGAUGUUGCUGUUAUGUUUCUGAAGGAGGCACUCCUCCCAAAUUGCUUCAAUAAUUAAGCUGCUGUUUAUAUGAACCUUCAUUUGAUAUAAGGCAUGUUUUCCUACCUGGGAGAGGGCAUUGGCAAGGCUCAUAAAUCAUGUGAUGCAACCCAGAUCUUGGCACUGACUGAAAGCUUGUGCCCCACCCAGAAAUCAUUACACAUCUGAUGGGUUGGGCUUUUUUAAGGAACAUUUCCAGGGGCCAAAGCUCAAAAUGGUUUUACGUAUCAGUGAGUGAGUGAAAGCUAUUAUUGACUCUGGGUCACAUUUCUGGUUUGGUUUGAGCCUCAGAUAUGAUUUCUGCAUUUCUAAAAGUGCCAAAUGCAUGUCAUUUUCAGGUGAUUGUCAUUGACUGUCAUUAAAUAUUAUAAAAGAUGCUCAGAUACAAGAUAUUCUGAUUAAGUAUUGUAACAUUUCUCAAAACUGACAUACACAUACAAAUUCAAAUACAAACCAAUGGGAAUAUUAUUAUAUAAUAUAUUCUGCACAUUAGGUUUUGAAUUCAGCCUUCCACAUAGACACCAUUAUUCACUCGUAAGUGGAACAGGAGUGAAAAAUAAAUAGGCUAAAGUCUUAGUUUUAAAAUUAAAAUUCACUUAUGUAUCUAUUAUGAAUAACUGUAGCACCUUCAAAUUAGAACAGACACGUGACAAUGUACACUAUUAUUGAACCGUAAAGUUCACUUUCAGGUUGUCCAUCAUGUGCUUUAAUGCACUUUAUAGGCAAGUGACCUUAAAUAGGACUAGUUUCUGUUUCAGGCAGAAGUGUGUAUUCUGAGCCAUCACCAGGUAGAGGUCUGGGUUGCUAUGGCUCUGUCACUUAGUCAGCUGUUGAAAACCUAUUUAAGCAUGUCAUAGAUUUAAUUGUGGACAUUUUUCCAGAUGUCUUUUUUUGUUAACAGUGCUGUACCUCUGGAAAGUAGGUGCUUUUUACAGUGUAAAACAUUCAUGUACAUACUGUUCUAAUAAAAAAUCAUUUGUGGCUGGA